AUGUUUACUGCCUGGUUUGAGGCUAAUAAAAAGUACGCUGCAGGGAGGCAGUUGACUUACUCACAGAUGCCAACCAAAUUUGUUUGGAAAAAUGAUAAAAGAGAAUGGCAACCUAGGCAGAGAAAUUGGGCAAUUGGUCGAAUCUUUUAUGUGCCACCAAAUACUGGUGAGAUUUUUUAUCUUAGAUGUUUAGUUAAUAUAGUUCGUGGACCGACUUCAUUUGAUGAGAUUAAACAAGUAGAUGGUGUUCAAUACAAUUCAUUUAGAGAUGCAUGUUAUGCACGCGGAUUAAUUGAAGAUGAUAAAGAGUAUGUUGAUGCAAUCACUGAGGCAGCAUCUUGGUCUUUACCCCAUUCGCUACGUAAGUUGUUUGUUACACUUCUAACAUCCAAUUCAAUGUCCAAGCCAGAAAAUGUUUGGGAGAUGGUUUGGCAAUACUUAUCAGAUGAUGCUCAAUAUAUUUGUAGAAGGAACCUCUCAGUCUCAGAUUAUCCACCUAUGCCAAUGCCAGAUGAAAACAACGAUUUGUUUUCCGGUAACAGGUUGUUGUUCGAGGAGAUGUCAUAUGAUAGGGAAGCUCUAUUGCAUCAACAUAAUUCGUUGCAUCCGAAACUAACCGAUGAACAGUUAGUCAUAUACAAUAAGGUGAUGGCAGAUGUUGAAACAGAGAAAGGUGGAAUGUAUUUCGUUUAUGGUUAUGGUGGGACAGGAAAAACAUUUUUGUGGAAGGCUAUUUCAGCAGUUGUACGGUCCAAGGGCGAGAUAGUUCUAAAUGUAGCAUCAAGCGGUAUAGCUUCGUUGCUGCUGCCUGGUGGUAGGACUGCACAUUCCAAGUUUGCUAUACCAAUUGCUGUUAAUGAGGACUCCACUUGCAGCAUCAAGCAAGGCAGUGCGCUUGCUGAAUUGAUAAUCAAAUGCAAACUAAUAAUUUGGGAUGAAGCUCCGAUGAUGCACAAACAUUGUUUUGAAGCAUUGGACCGAACAAUGAGAGAUUUAAUGCGUUUCAAGAACUCAAGGAGCUCAUCAAUGACAUUUGGCGGGAAAACAGUGGUGUUGGGUGGAGACUUUAGACAAAUUUUACCCGUUAUCCCAAAAGGUACUAGACAAGAUAUUGUUCAAGCCAGUAUUAAUUCAUCUUACCUGUGGAAUAAUUGUCAAGUUCUGCGUCUAACCAAGAAUUUAAGAUUGCAAGGUCUUACUAAUGAAGAUGAUGUUCAAAAGUUAGAUAGUUUUGCCAAAUGGAUUGCAGAUUUAGGUGAUGGUAAUCUUGGUGAAGACAAUGGUGUUGAUUGCAAUAUAAUGAUACUGUAUUCAAUUGUAUUAGAAAACGAGGUUGAUCCUAUUAGGCAAAUUGUUGAAAGCACAUUUCCGGAGUACCGUACUGGGAACAUGGAUGAAAGUCAACUGGAGAAUAGAGCUAUAUUAGCUCCAACCUUAGAUGUAGUUGAUGAGGUCAAUGAAUACAUGAAUGGUAUUAAUCAAGCUGCUUCAAUGACAUACUUGAGUUGUGAUUCUGUUUGCAAGGCAGAGUCAAACUUUGAUAUGCAAUCUCAAGUACACACAACAGAAUUUUUAAAUAGCUUGAGGUGUUCGGGUGUACCAAAUCACUCUCUAACGUUGAAAGUUGGAACUCCAGUUAUGCUGUUGAGAAAUAUAGAUCACUCUAUGGGGUUGUGCAAUGGUACAAGGUUAAUAGUAACACAGUUCGGAAAUCAUGUUAUCGAGGGAAAAAUUAUAGCUGGGAAUAACGCAGUUUCUCGGGUCAGUAAUCCAGAUGGUCUUAAGGCGAAGGCUUUUGUAUUCCAUCUUCAGUUCAACCCAAUCAUUUUCUUCACUGAGAGCAAAAAUGAGCUUCAGACCUAG